AUUUUCUACUUUAUAGUUAAUAUAACAUAAAGUAAUACCAAUUCUAUAUUCAACAUAUAAAACUUUGCUAAUAAUGUUAUUUUGUUAAUAAUAGAAUAUUCCUUUUUAAAUACAAAAAUGCCGGUCGAAUCGAUCCAAGAUCCUUCCAUAAAAAUAAAUCCGAAUAAGAAAUUAAUUGAAUUUGUUAUAAAAAAUGUUAAGAAAACAAAUAACGUUCCACCUAGUAUUGUUGCUUUGAAAAAGUCAGGUAGAGACAAACGAAAAGAUAUUUUAUUAAAAUUGGAUGACAUAAGAUGGCUGAAUACAUUCUUGGAAGAACACAGAAAGACAAAAAUGGAAAAUGUUUAUUUACAUGAACUUUUAGAACAGUCGGAUAUAAAAUUACCAACACCAAAAAUUACGCCACGAAGCCCUGAACUGGAAGCUAGAAUACAGAAACUGAAGGCACAACAAGACGCUAGAGAAUAUCGAGCUAUGACCAAAAGCGUCGACUCUUUUAGGAGAAAACUACCAGAAGAUACUAUUUCUUACCAAAUGAAGCAAAUAAAUAAGCAACUCAUAGCUGUUGCACAGUUUGUAUUUUCCGUAUUGGCUGGUUUUGCCUUUGGAUUCCUAGGUGUUGAGUUGAUUAUUGGAAAUUUAGACUUUGGAUUUAGAUUGUUACUAGGUAUAAUUUGUGCAUUAAUCAUAGCCUUGGCUGAAAUUUACUUCUUAGCUAUUAAAUUGAACGAGGAUGAUUGUGAUAUAGACUCGACAUUGACGUCUAAAAAAUUACACCAAGAAUAAAAUUUUAUAGAUCAUUAUUAUAAAAGUGUAUUCUAGCAUUAAUGCAUUCUUUUGUAAUUUCUAUAAGUAAUCUUAAAUUGCGGUUAAAUAUAUAAAUAAGUCCUCGAAAUGGUGGUAUUUUUAAAUGGUGAAAUUAGCACAAAAGAA